AUGGACAGCUCUCCCGCCUCGCCUUUGGCCCCCAGGGAUCCCAGCUCCCCUGAAUCUUCGAUCGGCGAACAAAUCGCCACUCUACAGGCCCAGCUUGCCGCUCUGCAGGCCUCGCAACCCGCCGCCGCCGCAGCCGCCGCACCCCCGGCCGUCACCGUCGUGCCGGGGAACGCCGCCACCGCAUCCAAGGUCGUGUUUCCCAAGCACGCUCGUCUGGACGGCCCCAAGUCGUUCACCAACUGGUUGCGUCAACUCCGUCUUGCACUCCCGAACCAGGUUCGUGGUUACGUUCUCGACGGUGUCGUUCCCCCGACCUGGACCGCCGACCAGCUUGCCGCACGUGACGACGCCGCCCGGGAAAUCAUCGUUGGCUCUAUCGACUCCGCCGACGUAUCGGCCACCCUCGACGCCAUCCCCAGCGACGACCUGUCGGCACCGCGCAUCUUUGCCGCUCUCAAGGCUCGUUUUGCACCGGACGACGCUACACGCACUCUCGAGUUGUUCGCUCGCCUUUGGGACUUCAGGAAGAUGCCUGCCUCCGUCGAGGCCUACGACACUUGGCUACGCGAGUACAUGUCGAUUGCUCAGGAAAUACGCGACGCCAAAACAUCGCUCAACGACGUGCUCGCCACCCACGUGCUCGCCAUGGUCCCGUCUUGCCUCGACAGCUUCCGACUCACGUUCACGGACGAGCAGCGAAACCGACGCGACCUUCCCGAACUCACGACGCUUACGGACCGCAUUCGCAUCCAGCUUCGUUCGGCAGGACUCUCGACCUCGCAUUCGGCCAUGCUUGCCACCAGCUCCCCCUGCCCCGCCUGCCGCGCUCCCGGUCACCGCCUGCGCGACUGCACUUCACGUGCGAAGCACCCGCCCACCGGCCCCUGCCGCCGAUGCCACAAGAAAGGUCACUGGGCACUCGACUGCAAGAACCGGGGUGAACAGGCACGUAGCAGCGACGACACCCAGGACGACACGUCUUCCUCCGCGGCCUCGCAACCGAACGUCGGCUAUUUCGCCUCCUGCCUCUUCGCUCGUCGCCAACUCCCAACUGACGCCUUUGUAGUCGAUUCGGGUGCCACGACACACAUGGUCGCCGACCGAUCUCUAUUCACGACUUAUCGUCAGACGGCACACACCAAGAUCGGCGGCAUCGCGGGCGGCAUCACGGCUAUCGGCAUGGGGGACGUGGCAUUCGUCGCCAAGACUGGACACCCGAUCACGCUCCGUGGUGUUCUUCACACGCCUGGCCUACACGUCAACCUCCUCUCUGUCUCUCGCCUCUGCGACACCGACCGCGUUCGUCUCGCCUUCACCAGCGACGGCAUCGACAUCGCCAAGGACGGCCGGGCCAUUGCUCACGGUACCAGGGUCAACGACGGUCUUUACCUUUUGGACGCGGAUCACACCAAGUGUCAGCAUCUUGCCUUCCUCUCACGCUCUGAGUCUCCCGUGCCCCUGCUUACCCUACACCGCUGCCUCGGCCAUCUUGCCCCAUCCUCUAUACAGAAGAUGAUUGCUGCAGGUUUGCUGGACGGGUUUGGGGCCGGGUACAGUGACAAAGACGUAGAGGAGUUUGUUUGCAAUGCUUGCCUUGGUUCCAAAGGUCACCGCCUUCCCUUUCCCGACUCUGAGUCGCAUUCCGCCGAGAGACUUGGCCUCGUGCACAGCGACGUCCUGUCGUUCCCCACUCCGUCCUUGACCGGGAAGCGCUACCUUGUCACGUUUCUAGACGACCACUCUCGCAAACUCUGGGCAUAUGCGAUCGAUCACAAAAGCGAUGUUUUCCCGACCUUCCAGACUUGGCUCGCCGAAGUGGAGUUAGAGACGAACGCGCGGUUGAGGAUCCUUCGAACCGACAAUGGCGGGGAGUACCGAUCAAACGCAUUCACGGAGUUCUGCAAAUCCAAGGGCAUUCGUCGUCAAUACUCUAUCCCUUACACGCCUCAACAAAACGGUCGCGCCGAACGUGUCAACCUCUCCAUCGUCGAGGGCGUCCUCGCUCUCCUUGCGGACGCCCGUCUGCCGGCCACCUUUUGGGAUGAAGCGGCUGCGUAUUUCGUUUAUUGCAAAAACAGGUGCUCACACUCAGCUUUGGCCAAACAGACUCCAGAAUCCGUUUGGAACGGCCAACGCACCACCGCCACCGCCCUCCACCCGUUCGGCUGCACAGCCUGGCUCACGGUCGCCCCGGACCUUCGCAGCAAGCUCGACCCCAAGGCCGCGCGCGUGAUCUUCACAGGUUACGACCUCGCCUCCAAAGCUUUCCGUUUCUUUGACCAUUCCAUCAACAAGAUUGUACUUGGUCGCAAUGCCACCUUCCUCGACGACGACUUCCCCGGCCUGCCAGUCACCACGCCCGUCGAUGCAGACGACACCGACCGUCAGUUCGUCGUUCCCGCCGACACGCCCGCCCCUGCCGUCAAGACGAGGACCCCACUAGUAAGGUCGGCGCACAUGGACGUCUCAUCCUCCCUUGAUGAUUCUGCCAUGAGCGCCGUUGACGUGGCCCCAGGGUACACUGGCGGAACCUUACUUAAUUCCACAGAUACCGAAUCGUCCUCGUCACCGUCUCCUGAGCCGUCCUCGUCACCGUCGCCCACAAACCCUUUGUCACCGUCGCCUGCGCUGUCACCGUCGUUGGCAGCGUCAUCGUCACCCUCGGUCUCACCGACCGACUCUGACUACUCCGCCGACCCUCUGGACCUCAUCGGCUCACAGACCCCGACUCGCCUUGGCCCACCGGACGUGCACCGCCCAGACUUCAGCACGUACCGUGAGCCCGCAUCGGCUGAGGAGUCGCCCGACGAACUCGACAUCAUUGGGCGUCACUCGCGCGAUGAAUCGCCGGAUGAAAUCGAUUUCCUCACCCAACACCACCGCGCCUUCAUCGCCACAGACGACGACGACCCCACCCUCGACGCCAUCGAGCCCGUCAAAUCGAUCACUAGCGACCCCCAGACCUGGCGCGAAGCAAUGUCCAGCGACGAGCACAACAUCUGGGCUGAGGCCGCCGCCGCCGAGUUCACCGCCAUGCGCGACGACUUCAAGGUGUUCACCAUCGAGCCUCGCUCAUCUGUACCGCCGGGCGCCACCAUCGUCACCUCCAAAUUCGUCUGGAAGACCAAGCGCAACGCAAGCGGUGAAGUCACGGGGCGGAAGGCACGUCUUGUAGCGCAGGGUAACCGACAGCGCGACGGCAUCGACUUCUCAGAAACCUUCGCACCCGUCGCCCGUUUCUCCUCCAUUCGCUGCCUCCUGGCUCUUGCCGCUGCCAAUGGCUACCACGUUCAUCAGGCCGACAUCGACAAGGCUUACCUCCACGGCGAGCUCGAUCAUGAUAUCUGGAUGACGACACCACGCGGUUUCGACUUCCCGAGCGAUAAGGUUCUCCGGCUGCGACGCUCAAUCUACGGUCUCAAGCAGGCCGGUCGCAUCUGGAAUCGUCACAUUGACACAUCACUCAGGAAUCUGGGGUACAAGGCAACAGGCACUGAUCACUGCAUUUACUCUCGCAUUGACGAUCAGCAGCGGCCUCACUAUAUCGCCUUGUAUGUCGACGACCUCCUCAUUGUCAGUCCAGCCCUCGACGAGAUCGAACGUGUCAUCUCCGGCCUUGAACAGCGGUACGGCGUAUGAAGGAACAAUAUACCACUGCACCAAAAGGCGAGGCACCUCUACUUCAGUGAGCGCAUAUUGUCCUAGAAGUGAGAUGGAGCGAAGUUCAACACCCCCCUGUGCGCGAAGCUGAAGAGCUUGUGGCAGUGGGUGCGGCUUGUGAGGCAACUGGGCAUGUUGAUCAGGUCGCUUGGGCAAGUGCAGCUUGGGCACUGUGAGCACUGUCGAUGCGCCAGGGUGCUUGGCACGCCGCUGGGCAAGUGCGGGGGCCGGGACGCUGAGUGUAUGCGCGCAAAAUUGCCUGACCCCAGGGGGGAUUGAACUCAUGACCUGCUGGUUGCUCUGGGCUCAUAACCUAUGAAGGAACAAUAUACCACUGCACCAAAAGGCGAGGCACCUCUACUUCAGUGAGCGCAUAUUGUCCUAGAAGUGAGAUGGAGCGAAGUUCAACACGGCGUCAAACGACUCGGCCCCGCGGAGUACAUCCUCGGAAUCCAAAUACGCCGCCUGGACGACGGUUCCAUUGCUCUAUCCCAGGAGCGCUACAUCAUGGACGUGCUGGCCCGUUUCCACUUCGACACCACGACACGCGGCACUACGGUGCCGAUGACGCCCGGCCUCUCGCUCACGGCAAUUCCGGGUCAGGGAACGGAGCGCAUUCGUUCGUGGUACCUACAGGCCAUCGGCUCCCUCCUCUACAUCUCCCUUGGCACUCGACCCGACAUUGCCUUCGCCGUCUCGUACCUGUCCCGGUUCGCCAACAACCCCGGCCGCCGCCAUUGGAUUGCCGUCAAACACGUCCUUCGCUACCUUCGCGCCACGUACCGCGAUGAGCUUCUCUAUGCCCGCGGCCCAGCAAAAGUCACGGGUGUGGUUGGUUAUUCUGAUGCGAACUGGGGCGCCUGCGUCGACACAUCCAUUUCAACGAUGGGCUACGUAUUUUACUUGGCAGGCGCCGCUGUCUCUUGGUCGUCGAAGCGUCAGACUCGGGUAGCGGAUUCCACCACUGAUGCCGAGUACCUGGCCUUGUCGCACGCGGGUAAGGAAGCGAUCUACCUUAACCAACUCCUCUCCGAGCUCCACGUUUGCCCAAUCGCUGCAGCUCACAUCUUCACCGACAACGAGGCCGCGGCCGCCGUCGCUCACGACCCCGUUCGCACCUCCGGCACCCGGCACAUUCGCCUCCGCGAGCAUUUUGUCCGUGACAUGGUCAAUCGAGGUGAUAUCUCUCUCUCACACGUUGGCACAGCAGACAUGGUUGCGGACGUAUUCACCAAAGCGCUAGGCCCCAAGAUUUUUGGUACACAUUGCUAUGCUCUAGGCCUCCGGACGCGACAUCCACGGCUCAAGUCUACCUCGCGUUCGCGUGGGGGGGGUGUGAGGAAUCCACUCUCCGCUCGGCUCAGGACUUAGGCGCGCGGAGCGAACCGGGCGCGGACUUAGGCGCGCGGAGUGAGCCGGGCGCCCCGGCCCAGGACUUAGGCGCGCGAAGCGAGCCUGGGACUUAGGCGCGCGGAGCGAGCCUGGGCCAUUGGCUCAGCCCCAGGCUCGCUGGCUGUGGACUUGGGGCGCGCGGGUCUCUUAUUGUUAGCUUCCUAUUCAUCACUCUUGGCUAUAACUACAUCGCUGACGUAGUAGAGUUGAUCGAAUAGGUAUGUUGAAAUGCAUUUAUCACUCUUGGCUAUAACUACAUCGCUGACGUAGUAGAGUUGAUCGAAUAGGACCUCAGUGACCCAAGUGACGAACCGACCGACGCCAAGCGAGUCAUCAUCAAAGGGAAGAGCCGCGUCGUGGUGAAGGAUGGAAUAGAGGGGCGGAGGGUGACGAGGUCGAUGUCGGCGGCAGCGGCGAUGCAGGUCGAGGUGACGAAGGUGGACAGAGGGAAAGGAAGAGGGGUAGCUGAGGAAAAACGAUGGUCCGACCACGAGCCCGAGGACGAUGUCCUGCCCGCCCUUCCCCUCUUUGAGGAUGUCACCACCGCCAAGAGCGCCUCGACCUCGACUACCCAUUAAUGAUCAAGCACACCAUCAUCACCUGGAACGUAAGAAGGGGCAUGGGGGUCCCGGAAAAACGAUGUAAUAUCUACACCUACCUUUCCACAUUCAAAGCUUCCGCAAUUCUCUUACAAGAGCAUUUCAUCAGACCACAAUUCUGGCAGCUCAUCAAGGACGAGUACGAGGGCAAGCUCUUCAUCAACCAGCACUGCCUGACCCUGAUCCCGGCCGACUCGCCCCUGAUCGACGCCGAGCUCUUGCGCACCCACUCGGCACUCGACGGCCGGCUCCUCGUCACCUCCUUUCGUCUGCGGGGCGACAUCAAAAUUCUAGAAAUCAAUAACCUCUACGCGCCCGUUGACCCAAAACAACGAGCAAAAUUCUUCGACAAACUGAUCCUCCACAAAACACAGAAAUCCCACCUCCGACUCCUUGGCGGCGAUCUCAACGACUGCCCGCGCCCAGAAGUUGAUCGGCGGAACCAAAGUCGGCGCGGCCACCACUGGCCGAUUCUGAUGGGCAAGCUCGACUCGGCCUACACGGACUGCAUCCGCUACAAGCACCCCAUCACCCCAUCUUUCACUCGACCUAAUCCCAAUCGCAAGCGACCCAACUCCUUCUCCCGGCUUGACUACUUUCUCCUACAAAGAGCUCACCAAAAAAGGCUCGACCAGGCCUCGACGAUCUACGACUAUCCCAAGGAUCUUUCCGAUCACCGACCGGUCUUGAUCGUACUAGCUCUCUCAGACGAUCUUGAUGCGGCUCUCCCACAGCUCAGCCUACCUACCACAUCCGACCAACUACAUCGAAUCAAUACCACAACCUUCAAGACGGUGGAAUUUCAGCGGAUGAUGGAAGGAUGGUUGGAAGGGGCAAGCGGGGAGGAUCUGGUGCGAGAGCUUGAGGAGGUUCUGGAGGCGUGCAGGGACAGGGGUGGGGAGAUGGCGAGGAGGCUGCAUCGGGAGCGGACGGAACGGAUGGAGUAUUUGGUGGGGAGGGUGCAGGAUCUGGAGGCGUUACCGGUAUGGGGGGAGGCGGAAACGGCAGAAUGGACAAGGACGUCCGAGGAACUCAAGCGGGCGGUCGAGGAGCGCGCGCGCCUACUCCGGAUCCGAGCCCACGUCCCCGAGAUCGCUUCCGAGGAACGACUGUCGCGGCCGGUCCACGCCAAGCUCGCGGCGCGGAACUCGGACUCCAAGAUCACAGCACUGCGCUUGGGUAACGGAGAGCUAACGCAUGACAUUGAUGUCGCUCUUGACCACACGCAGGCGCAUUUCCAGCGCCUCUACCACAUCGAGCCUCGUGAUCCGGAACGCGUCGACCGACUUCGGGACGAACUCCUCGUGCCGAUCAGGGCGGCACGGACUUGCGACGACCCGCGCUCAGAUCCGCUCUUUCUGCGCCGACUCUCGGAAGCGCAGAUUGAUCUCCUCCAGCAACCCAUCACCGAGGACGAGGUCGUGGCCGCGAUCGGGACGACGCACCCGGGGCGAUCGCCGGGCCCGUCGGGCGUGCCUUACGAACUCUAUCAGACCGCACCGGAGGCGUGGUCCAAGGUGCUGACCAAGGCCUACAACGCGAUGAUCGAGCGCGGUUCACUCUCUCCCAAGCAGGGCCAGGGACUCGUGCGCCUCAUCUUCAAGCGCCACAAGAAGAAUGCCGAUCGCGCCGAACUCUCGUCGUAUCGCCCCAUCACCCUGCGCGAGUGCGAUUACAAGAUUUUUACCAAGGUCUACGUCGCCCGAUUGAACCAAAUUCUGCCCGAUCUCCUCCCGCCGCAGCAGCACGGCUUCGUCAAGGACCGCCGAUCGGCCGACGCUGCACUACACCUUUGUCUCCUGAUCGAGGAACUUGGCGCGCGCAGGACCGAGUUCCCCGCGGCCGCGCUCUUUGUUGAAUUUCAUUCUACUACAAGCGUUCGAACACUUCAACCUUGGGCCGCCGUUGUCAGGUCCGCCCAUUUUCGCCUCGGCGCCUUUGCCUUCGCAGCCAAGCCGCCGCCCCAUUUUCACCUCGGCGCCUUCGCCUUCGCAGCCAAGCCGUCGCCCUCCUGCCUCGCGCCGGCCUGCUCAACUCACGCCCGCGCGCCGCCGCCUCCACGCCGGGACUCUGGCCGUCUGCCCUCCAGUCUUGCUGAGCCAAUGCCUCCACUUAGUCACCAGCAGCUUGCCGCCGCCGUCCUCAUGUUCCAUCGGCCAUCAAGAGUAUCGCCCAUGCAUGACGCCCGCCGUUCGCAACCUGAGUCUCGUCGCUAUGGACUCCCUCGCUCACCAACACUCGACAUCGUAGAUAGGUUUCCCCUCGUGGCCGUUGUCCAACACGACCCCUCUCAGCACCCGAAUGACCCACUUGGAGUUUGCCCUUGAUGCUUAGCAGCGCAUCCGCCCGAUUUGCAGUAGAUCCUUUGCGCGCCCGCUUGCUAGAACCUUGUCAGACUCGCGCUCCUUGUGCUUCCCUUCCUCUUCUCUACCGCUUCCCGACAUUAGCCAGACUGCUAAUCUUCGGUAGAGAACAGGUUAGUUGAAAUCAUAUCUACCGCUUCCCGACAUUAGCCAGACUGCUAAUCUUCGGUAGAGAACAGAUCGUCCAGCCGCACCGCCGUCUCGUCAGACCGCGUCUGUGCCGCCUUGCGACUUCUCCCAAUCGGACCGUCCGUCGCAACCGUAGCCACGUCGACGCGCCCAACAGUAGCCCCAGCGGUCGCUACACCCAGUUCCGAAAAGUUCCACGACCUACACUCUAUACUCUUGUCUCUUGACCAAUCAUCCGCCUACGACCUCGUCGAGCAUGACUGGAUCUUUGCCAUCUUCGACGCUCUGGGCGCUCCUACCACCUUUCUUCGCGUGCUGAGGAUGCUCUACUCGGGUGACUCGACCUCGGCGCGCUACAUCAUCAAUGGGUUCCUGACGGCGCCGGUGCGACUGACGUGUGGGCUCGGCCAAGGGGACCCGGCGUCAUCGUCGGUCUGGGACAUCGUGUUUCAGCCGUUCCUGGAUGCUCUACACCGUCGAAACAUCGCGCUGAAUCUCUCCAUACCUGCACUUCAUCCGUACCCACAGAGCCGCGCCAUUACAUCACUUGCAUUUGCCGAUGACGUUGUCGUCGCCGUCGCGGGCUUGGAGUCACUCAACUUGCUCGAUGACCUGGCGCUCGACUGGAGGCAUGCAACGAAUGGCCGGCUCAACACGGACAAGACGGUCGUCCUACCGAUUGGACGUCGCUGGGACCCUGGCGAAUGGCCAAUCGUCGUCAAGGCCGCAGGCGAGUCGCUCGAGUGGAUCGGCCUCCCCUUCGACCCCAGCGGCGACACCGAACUCGCCUACGCGAAUCUCAUCGAACGGCUCGAGGCGACGCUGGAAGCGGUUCAGCAUCGCUGGCUCACGCACCACACCCGUGCCUUUUACGUCAAUCGGUACGCCAUUCCCAAGAUCCUGCAUUUCCUUGCAGCCGACAUCCCGCCGCCCGAAGUCGUCAAGAAGCUCGAUGACAUGCUCGUCGAUUUCGUCCGUGGGGGCAAGGGCAGGACCAGCUACGGCAGAGACAUUGUGUUCACCGCCAAGAACAAGGGGGGACUCGGGGUGAUAAGGAUGCGGGACGUUGUGGACGCGGUUGCGGCACGGCUCUGGGACGUUCUUCUCGGCGGUUCCGGCGCGAUUUGGCAAGGACUUGCGCGCGCAUCACUCCAGCGAGCUCAGCCCGACCUCGACCUGGCCACCGAUCUCUGGCCACAUCCAUCCACUCCCAUCCCCAACGACCUUCAUCCCCGAUGGCACGCCGCACUGGGCGUUCCGAAACUUCACGACGCGCAGGUCAACCCGAGGGCCUUGACCACCGCGAACUUGCUCGCGCUGCCCACCCUGCUCGGCAGCCUCCACACCCCCAUCAGAGGGAGACAGACCAUCGACGCGGUUCAUGUACCUGACUACCUUCGUCUCCAGGGCUACCCGAAGGUGGCGGAUCUCUAUCGACGCGAGUUGUAUGCGGGUGGGGGGUUUCACCUCUGGACGCCGCCGGCGGAUGUGCUCGGCGACAACAGCGAGUACAAUCGACGCGGGCUCCCGCAGCGACUGGCAAUCGCGGCCUGGUACCGGUUCACUGUCGAUCGACACAAGAACACCCCCUUGGCGGCGGCGGGACGACUCAACGUGCCUCCCCGGAUCGGCACCAGCGCACCACUCGAGGCGAUCAUCCCCAAGCCCGUGGCCCGCUUCGCAAUGGAGCAGCGCCUUCCGGACCCGGUGCUUCCACAACAGGCGAGCCAGUAUACGCUGCUGAACAUGGCUCGCCCCUACACAGUCCGUCGCAUCCGCCGGGUCCUGAACGCGAAGGCAUUUACCAACAUGCUCGGGCUCAAGGGACCACCGCAGCCGGACGACCUCAGGAGCUUCUGGAAGGCAGUCAACUCGAAGGCACUGACGGCGAGGGAGAGGGAAGUUUGGUUCAAGCUGAUCCUCCGCUUCACCCCGACGCGCAAACUCCAGCACGAGCAAAAGCACGACACUUCUCCCGCGUGCCUCGUGUGCGAAGCGCCGGUGGACGACACCGAUCACUACUUCUUCGGCUGCGUCGACUCGCGGAACAUCUGGACCGCGGCAAGGGGCGUGCUCUGCGACGCGCUCGGAUGCGACACGAUCGAGGACGCCGAGUACACGACACUACAACGACUCUUUGGCCUCCCCAAGCUCAAGGCCAAGCUCAGCGAACAGGAAGGCGCAGGCAGGACGAUCGAGAUCUUCACGGGGAUGGUCUUGGAGAUGAUCAGCAGUGGGAGAUGGAGGAUGCAGAAGCACGGGACGAGGAUGGAAAGCCUGGAGCGGAGGAGGGUGGUACUGGAGGAGAGGAUGAAGUUGAGGGCGGGGGGAGCAAGGGGCGGGCGAGGGCAGUAG